AUGUCAUCUCCUCAAGACAACCGUGACAUCGCUCCUAAUGGCGACGAGCUUAACGAGAGCAUGAACAACCUCAGCGUUGGUGGCGACGACCGUCUUGGUCCCGAUGGCGAGCCGCUGCCCAAGACCGACGAAGAGUAUGCCGAAGCGCAGCUAACCCUACGUGCUAUUGUUUCCUCCAAGGAAGCUGGCGUGAUCAUCGGCAAGGGCGGAAAGAAUGUUGCAGACUUGCGCGACGAGACUGGCGUCAAGGCCGGCGUUAGCAAGGUUGUUCAGGGUGUGCACGAUCGUGUUUUGACCAUCGCUGGAGGUUGUGAAGCUAUCUCUAAGGCGUAUGCUAUUGUGGCAAAGGCUUUGCUCGAAGGCGCACCUCAGAUGGGCAUGGGUGGAAUUGUGUCAAAUAACGGCACCCAUCCAAUCAAGCUCUUGAUCUCUCACAACCAGAUGGGUACGGUCAUCGGCCGACAAGGCCUUAAAAUCAAGCACAUUCAGGACGUGUCAGGAGUCCGGAUGGUCGCGCAAAAGGAGAUGCUGCCCCAGUCUACGGAGCGCAUUGUCGAGGUUCAAGGCAGCCCUGAAGGAAUCCAGAAAGCUGUGUGGGAGAUUUGCAAGUGUCUGAUUGAGGACUGGCAACGAGGCACUGGCACUGUGCUCUACAACCCCGUCGUUCGCACCCAACCAGGAGCCGCCGGAAUGGGCCAGGGUCUUGGUGGUAGCCCUCGCGGCGAUUACAAUAAUACGCGUGUGAUGCGCACUGGAAAUGGAGCUGAUUUCAGCGAGGGCGCCCCCCGCUAUAAUAACCGUCGUUCCGAUUCAGAUGCUGCUCAGCGUGGCCUUCCUACCCAUGAUGAAAAUGGAGAGGAGCUCCAGACCCAAAAUAUCAGCAUCCCAUCGGACAUGGUUGGCUGCAUCAUCGGCCGGGCAGGUAGCAAGAUCAGUGAGAUCCGGAAGACCUCUGGAGCACGUAUCAGCAUCGCGAAGUCACCCCAUGACGACACUGGCGAGAGAAUGUUCACGAUCAUGGGCAGUGGCAAGGCCAACGAGACCGCGCUCUACCUUCUCUACGAGAACCUCGAGGCAGAGAAGAUGCGCCGAAGCCAAGGUGCUCCCCAGGACUAA